GAUGGUAACCAUGGUGAUCCAGUUCUCAGUCCUCAUCGUGCUCCAUUCCUGUCUGGUGCUAGUUACGACGGCGGAGGACUACAAGUGUCUGCCUCUGGUCCUGCGCAAAGCAUGCUGCUGGAUCAACGAGACGUACGCGGCGCGAAACGUCAUCAUCUUCGUCUCGAUCCUCAUCAACUUCCUGGCAGCCAUGAUCAAUAUACUGUGGUGCGACUUCGACAAGUCCAGCACCUUCAGGAACCAGACGUACAACGAGUCGGCCUCCAUCCCAGACAUCUGCUUCUACCCAGAGUAUUUUGUGUUCACCGGGGUCCUGGCGAUGGUGACGUGCGCCGUGUUCCUGCGGCUCAACUCGGUGUUGAAGUUGGCGGUACUGCUGGUGAUGAUCGCCAUCUACUCGCUGCUGACGGAGGCGUUCUACACCUCGCUGUUCGUUCGCUACGACACCGUCCACCACAACACAGA